CAAUAGGAGCUAGCGAGCUGCGUUCUGUGUUGCUGCUCAGUUUGGCCACACCGACACCGUGCAUCUAUUUUGGUAUCUUCAGAGCUCACUCGCUAUACAGGAGCGUGGCCACACCAGCGCAUUUGAACAUGGACCUGAGGGCUUGACUCACUUUGCAGGUGGUUCUGCACUGGAUUCUUGGACUCUGCAUUGAGGAUUUGUGUUUGAUAUACUGCUGUCUCUAUUGGACGCUUUACACUCAACAUGAAAGACCCGUAACAAAGGAAGUUCCAAGAUCCGACCACCUCCCAAAUCUCUGGCUGACCUGGAGGAAAACCAAAGGAUCUUCAGAGUUGCACCAACUGUAAAGGGAGGCGAAACAGGUGAUGCAAGAGACGGAAAGACUGCUGUUAACAUCAUGAGCUGUGUGGAAAAGCGACACAUGAGCCAUCGGAUGGGGAGCAUGCUUCACCAUCGCUUCCCCAACGGCUUUACUGACUUGUUCAUGGACGAGACUGAUCGCGAGGUCAGCACUCUCACCGAUAGAGCCUUUCGGAGUCUCUGCGUUGGAGAUGACGCAGUUUACAAUGACGAGUUCUUGUAUGGAUACUCGCCUUUCAGUUGCCACAAACCUUUGGCCGGGGAGCCUGUUAAAAAGACUCAUCAAAAGGAAUCUAAACAGCAAGGGCAAAACAAAACUGACAAAAAAUAUGCUCAGCCAUGGAAGGAGCAGCAACAGAAGAGUCUAUCCCACAUGUCAUCUUUCCUCAAGGCAUUAAGUGCCACAGAGGAAAGCUGUGAGGGGAUGUUAAUCAAAAAUGGAGGUAUUACAGACUCUAAGGGGGAAUCUUGGGAUAAGUCUGCACUUCGCAGCAUCCAAAGAGAGCUAUCGGAGUUCUCCUCGGAUUAUCACACCAAUCUCUCAGAUGGACAUUACAAGAACCAUCAUCGACAUCACACUGGUGAUAGCUCAUCAAACACAACAGGCAAAGACGCUGCCCUGCCCUCAGGGAAAUCCUCAAAAACGAAAAAUGGGAAAUCCACUGUCAAACUGAGGAAACUCAACAUCAAAAACUUUUUCCUCCACAGUGAGUUCAGCCCUUUCCAAACAUGGAAUGAUUUUAACCGGUUCCCAUUCGGCCAAGAGAACACAGUUCUUACCACAGAUAAUAUCCCUAAAUGGUACGACUUGCCUUUUUACAAGGAACUGACAGAAGCACACAGAAAAGUGACCCUACAUGCAGAGGAGGCGCAGUCAUGCCAGAGGGUGGCAGUUGAGCCCCCUCCUCCCACUGCUCCUAAACCUAUCCCUCCCUGUCCUCCGCCAAAGGUCCUGCCGAAGCCUUCAGCCACUCCGGCUGAGACAAGGUGCUCAUCAGAGGGAGGGGAUGGGAAUGCUGCCCCCUGGAGGCGCAACAGGUCCAGGGCUAAAAGUGUGAUCCCAGUCAAUCAGCAUGGUGUACCACCUCAGCAAAACAGUUCAAAAACAUUAGAUGAAAGUCUUUUCCUGGUCAAGAAGGAAGUCAGAUCUGUGGAGGUGAAAGCAGUUGAAGAGGUCAGCUCUGUUGCAUCAACUCCGUUCAGCAUCUGCCAGCUGAUGACUCCCCUCAUUCCCUCUAGACAACCGACAGAAACGUCAGAAAUUCUCCAAGGUGUCUUUUCACCCUCUGCCCUUGACCUUCCACUAAGGCCACACUCUGAGGUCAAACUGACCCCUGAACCUCCGGUCAAGCGGGACAACUACAAAUCACUCGCCUCUAGCAUCCUCUUCAACCUCAAAGAUAACAGGAAAAGGGUGAAAAGCCGCUACAGCCCACCGAAAUUUAAAACUUUGGAAGUGCCGGGGAGUGGCUGCCAGUCUCCGCAAUCAGAUUACAUGAAACAUCCACAAGGUUCUGAGGGCAAUGUGUCUGGCUUAAGCACUCCUGCAGUUUUAAAAGAUGAACAGACAGUUUGUAGUCCCGUUUUGGAAUCUAACAGCGUUCCAACAGUUGAUCUUGAUAAGCCAGAAACUGAUGCACCUCUUUCGGAUGAUUAUUUGUUAUCAAAUCUCCUGCAAAGCAAGAGGGAGGGUGGUCUGAAUAAGAGUCCCAUGGCUAAAAAGCUAAACUACCCCUCACUGAACCUGUACAAGAAAACCAGCCCUGUUGACAGCGAUAUGAAAUAUCUUCAAGUCUCUCAGAGUACUGGUGCUCCUUUACACACAGACCAGCCGGCUGAGACAAACGAACGUUCACCACUCACGCUUAACAAAGCACUCUCUCCAAAAGCACUGCCAGCAAACACAGGGCUUUCACCAGGUACUUUGAAUGUCAACAAAGACCGUUCACCCAUAAUUUCACCUCAUGCAAUUGAGAAAGAAGGCUUGUCAUCAAAUGUAUCAGCAGGGAAGAGAGCACCAAAUGAACCAGAACAGGCAAAACAACCUGCAAAAGACAUAAAAGAAAAGUAUGUUGGAGCGCAGCCUGCUAACUCUAAAGAAAAAGAUCCUAGUGGCCAGCCCAUCAGUACAAUGGAUGUGAUAAGAGCAGCAAGGGAAGCAAUUAAUGCAGCCAAAAAUAAAGCUCAGUCAGAAACCAUCAAUAAGCCCUUUUCAGGCAUAGAGCAACUGCAGGAGAAAGAAACAGACCAGAAGUUUGCAUAUUCAAAAGAAAUGUUGAGCACCAAGAGAGAGAGUUCAGUACCUGAAAACAAUCAUGUCUCAGCCCAAAACAGAAAUGACACAACUGGUGCAACACCAGUUAGCAACAAAGGUAAUAUCAAGAAAGAGCCCCCGCCAGUUCCAAAGAGAAAUUUUGCUAAAUCUGAUAUUGAACUCCAUCUCGACAAACAGCAAACACAUAACGCUGACGGACUCACUAAUGGUGAUUCGACGAAUGAGAGCCUAGAUUUACAACCUAAUGAAAAUGAAUCUGUCAAGAAACAGGGCAGACGCAAACAUAUAUUCUCAGCCAGACAGAACAAUUACAUUAAAUACCAGAGAUAUUCAGUAACAGAUGAUGAACAAGGGGAAGUGUUUGAGGAAGGCAAUCUGAAAGUUAAUACAAGAACAGAGAAGGAGGCGGAGGUGGCAUCACCAAGAGAAAUGAGAGACAGCGAGCAUAUAAUAAAUGAUUUGCAGGCUUUAAAAGGGCUGGAGAGAGCAAGACUUGGAGAUCGUGUUCUCGAUAACGCGAGAAACAAAUUAGGUGUUUUUAAGAUAAAUGAGGAGGCGAAGGCUAAGAAUGAUUUGAUUUCAAGGGAGCUAAGGAAUAUCAAGAAGGGUAUGAUGUCUAUGAGAGGGAACACAUUGGCUAAAAGAGAAGUAUUUGCACAUAAAGAGAAGGAGCAGAGCAAGCCGGAGACUUUUGCAAAGAUAGACACUAAUGUUAUAGUAAACAAAGCCCUUUUUAAUGACAAUUAUGACAAAGCCAAAAUGGCCCUUGAAGAGAUCAUUUCGGAAAGGCAAAAGAAACAGAACAAAGUGACAGAGCCGGGUGCAAGUCCAAUAUUUGAUGAGAGCGAGGAAAGUUAUGUGAAAAGGGUACAGCAACGUAAAAAAGCACUUAAAGAUUCUGUGACGGAUGCUAAUAAGAAACAAAAUGGCAGCCCUCUUACACAAAAAGAAAAUGAUUUAAAAGAGAGGUUAAGUGAUCUGAGAGACCACAAUCGCAUGAGACAGAUAAUGUCGCAAACUGAACCUGGGCUUGGUGAGACUCACGUACCAGGCGGCAAGAGUGGCAAUGAGCUGAACACACUCCAAAGAAUUAAAGUGAAACACAUUAAUGAUAAACUGACUGAAGAUCCGAGCUAUGAAUCAGAGGAGCUGAAUUUGAGACACACAGUGAGACAGAUGUCUGAAGACAGUGGAGAAAAUCUAGUGAACCGAAACGAAGACAAAAAGAGAGAUGCACCUCCUGUUCCUCCUAGGAGCAAGAAGGGGGGGAACAGAAGAGACAGUGAUACUCAGGAGACAGAUAGUCUAAAAGAUGUAGUAGAAGACGAUAUCUUUAAGAAAUAUGGAAAUCAUGAAACUGGUGAGGUAGACUUAAUAGAGAUAAGGAGUACAGGCUCAGAAAAUCACAGAGUAGAUAGUGACACAAAAGAAUCAGUGUCGGGUCAAAGUGAAACCGGUACUGAUAAAGAGAAGAGGGAUGUGGUGAACAAGGAAAAUUCAAAAUUCAGCCCUGUAGCCAAUCCAGUUAUAUAUGAUAACAUUUUACCCUCAAAAUGCCCAGAAUCAGACAUUAGAUUGUAUUCAUCACCACAGUUUAGAGGAAAUGAAAAUACGGCAAAUAACUUCCAAACAAGUAUGAGCCCCACUACAGACACCCCAUUCAAAAACACCAACAGUAGGGCACAGGAAACACCCCGGGUAAAACGGAAGGCUCCUUUAAGACCAGACCAUUUGAACACAUCAGAUGACAAUGUUACCAACAACGUAGUUGCAGAGGAAACUGACAAAAUCAAUAGCGUUAGUGAGGAGAUAAAUGUGGAUGCAGAGGCUUCGAGUGAAACGCCCAGGAGCAUAAUAUCUCCCUUACUGUUGCUGAAUGGUGUUAGCAUCAAUCAGAGCCCACCUGACCAAGCCAGCUUGUCCUCAAAAUCAUCCUACUUCUCUGUGGAAAGCGCACUGCACAGAAACACUGAGACCGAGUCAAAUAUUUACAACUCUCUGGAGAACUUGAUUGGAGAGGUGGAGGAGACUGAUGAGAUGACACGGAACAUUUCGCAAAACACAAAACCAGAUUCGGACCGGACGGAAGUGGACUAUUAUUCUUUAAGUGAUCAUGAGAGCGAGCCAGAGGCUGCAAGGCAGCUGAUUAAAUCUCCUCCAAAAGAGACAGAAGUACAGUGCAAGGACAGCAAAGAAAGAGAAAACACCACGGCUGAUCAGGGUUUAACUCAUGAUGAAAAUAAUGAGAUACCAAUGUCACCCCCCAACACCUUCUCACCACCUUUGGGCAUCCCUGCCUUAUUUAAGGUCAAAGACAACACCUUCAGCAAUAAGUUGAAGAAGAAUAUACAACCCUGGUCACCAAGAGGGAGUGUGAGUGUUUCAGAGAGACAAGAGGAGGAGAUACAUCUAGUGAAGGAAAAACCGGAGCUCCCUCUGGCUAAUGAACCUGUGACCAGAGGAAGCACACCAAUCCCAGAUGAAAUCCUCAAACCUAAAGAGACUCCAUCAAACUGCUCUCCCCCCCUUCUGCCAUCUCCUUUAAAUCUGCAAAGUGAAAACCCAAAGAAACCACAAUUUGGAGGGUUCCUCACUGUCCCACAGGAGGAGGACAGGUUCUCUGGGGUGAGUCCAUCAUCUGAAGGUGUCGAGAGUUUAACAAGCGCAACUGACACAGCAGAGGAGUUGGGAAUGAAUGUCGGAGUGAUGACAGAGCCUCUAGUGUCAAAGGUUCCCAGUGAACGAUCUGGGUCCACCUGCAGUGGUAAUGACAGCCAAACAGGCCUGCCCAAACCACCGGCUGUCUUACCCAAAUCUGAGAAGGCAGUUCUCAAAGCCAUCAAGCUGACAAACAGGAGGAUGAAAAAGGAGGAGGCCCAGAAGUCUCCCCACAAGUCAUCUCAAGGCAGCAGCAAACACAGAGCAGACAGACACAAGAGCGACAAAUCUGAGAACAAAAGCAGAAGCAAAAGCAGAGACAAGAAAUACAGAGACAAGACUGAAGAUGGCCAUCACCAAAGUGAACGUCAUGUCAAAAACAAAGAUGAUCAGAGGGAUCAUCUACUCGUUGAAGGAAGAGACCACAACACUGAAAACCCUCGUCACAACAGAACAGACGUGGGCCACAAGACUCGGCGACAGAGCCAUGAUUCGGUGGAAAGUAACACCCAGAGCAAUGAAACGCUACCCAGCGGUAAAACAGAAAGGCCUGGCCGCAGCAGCAACAGACACGCUCGAGACAAGCCGGAGCAAAGAAACUACAGUAGUGACAGGAUCAUCAGUAACGUACCUGUGUACAAAGCUCACAUCAGCGAUAUACCCACGUCGGACAGGCCUUUCAACAGAUCCCAAAGCAUCGACAGGUACCUGGGAGAUAAAGUGGAGCGGAGGCUCAGUGCUGAUAUGUCAGUCAACGAGAAGCUUGAUCCGAGGGCCCAGCGCAUUGAGAAAUCCAUCAUGGACGAGCUUCAGCAGAGGGGCCGAACCAGAGACAAGGCGAGCAGAGACAACCCGCUGAGGAGGAGUCACAGUAUUGAUGCGUACAGCACCGAAGUACCACAUCCUUCAACCCUGUCCCGACAGUCAAGCCACACCAGCCACACCAGCAACACCAACCAACUUUCUCGCCAGUCCAGCAUGGAGCACGCCAUUGUUACACAGUCCUUCCCCAUGACCCAACGUAAGCUUCUCCAGGAUCCAGACUCUGGACACUACUUCAUGGUGGACAUGCCCGUACAAGUCAAAACAAAAACUUUCUUUGAUCCAGAAACAGGGAGCUAUGUUCAGCUGCCGGUCCAGCCACCAGAGGGUGCUGUCCCUCAGGCAUCCCCCUUGGAGGUUUUGACCCCACCCAUGGUUGUUUACCACAGCUUUGUCCCUGUGCCUCUGUCUCCCAUGGCUCAGAAAGCCACCCUCCAAGCCCCUCACAUAACACCAGAGGAGUUUGAGCAGAGGCAUCUUGAGAGGUCAAGGCAAAUGCAUUGUAAGGAGAGACAUCCGUAUUUAGAGAAUGUCUAUGGUCAACAUGAGCACAUGUUAGGGGAGUUCCUAGGCACAGAGGAGCUGGACUGUCCUAGCUGAUAGGCCUUGAGGUUUGAAAGGAACAAUCCCUCUUCCGCUUAAGCUGAUUUAUGUCAUCAAUUUGGGGUUUUCAUUGUAUCUGUUUGGCCUGUUACAGAAUAAGCAAUACACAAGAACAACAAAAUGGACAAAAAUGCAAAAUAUAUCAGCAAUACCUGUUUCAUUUUGAACAGUGCUGAAGCGUUUCAGCGUGGGUUUCGUCGGUGUCUGAUCCUUGAAUUAGCUUAUUACUAAAGCUAUGCUGUCAUUUUGAAGCUACUGAAGCCUUGAUUGGUUUUGUAAAGAGGAAUGAGUUUGACUUGAGACAGGAGAUAAUGAAUUUGUGACUGAGUGAGAGUUGUCGUAUGCUGGGUUGACUGAUUUGUGUAAGAUAAUGUGCAUUUAUGCAAUUGGACAUGGAUGAUCCAUGUACAUAAUGUAUUUAAGUGUAAACAGAGGGGGUAGGUUGAAUGUAAAUCUAGAAUAUUUAUUGUAAAUGCUGAAAGUUUGUUAUAUACAUUGACAGUGGUGUUGCGGUCUCCACUGCUUUUCAGGUAUUGCGGCCCUCUGUUUUAUUUCCUGCAAAGUUUGUUGCCUUGAGGUUUCUUUUUUCACCAGACAGUUUGCAGUCACUUAACUUUUCAUCAGAGGUACAUGAAAGAAAUAUAACUAAUCACGAAGUAUGACUGAUUUGUAUGUUAUUGAUUUGAACUGACCAUGUCCACGCAACUAAAUUCUAAAAACGUUUUGCAUGCUGAAGUUACAGGUUACACCUGUUCAACGUGUUAGAUGUAACACAAGUUGGAUUUACACUGCCUAAAAGCUUGAAUUGGCACUAUUGCAAUGAAUGUUUUUGUUUUUGUUUUUUUUUAAAUAUGCAGAGGACAUGAGGGAGAAUUGGUUUGCAAGUUUGUUGCAUUGGAGUUUUUUUUUCUAAACUAGAAUAAAGCAGGGCUGUAUUGUGUCUGUGAUCCAUUCCAAUAAAAAAACAACUGUUGCUACAGACUUUCAUUGUACUAGUAUCAUUUAUAUGGCUGCGGUGUCAUUCUUCAUGUAAAGCAAAGUCUAAACUAAUGACAUUCCUGUUUUUAACUGAGCAAUGAAAGCCCACAUGUUCACAAACAAGAAUUACCACUGGCCACUGAAAUCCCUGAUUAAAAAAAACAAUAACUGAUGAGUGAACAAUUAGAGAACAAUAUUGUUUUAUUUUUAAUUUGAAACUGAUUUGAUGUGGUUCUGUAAGAUUUUGUGUUUUACAAAAAUAUAAUCACAAUCUGAUCCACAUACUGUUGAAUAAUGCCUACAUUAUAGGCAUAAUGUAGGUUUGCCCUCUUCAACUUGAGCUCUUUCCUGCCACCUGUUGGUCAGUUGCUGUAGUGGUGGGGUGA